AUGAUCGAUAUUCACUUUGAAUUCCUAACAGCAAACAAAUUGAAAAUCAUGGCUUCAAAAAUUUUGGUCCUGGGCACUGUAAAUUGCGCCUUUCAACAAGUAUUUACCAAGCUCGCCAAACUUCAGGCCAAGCAGAACUUUGCUUUCGCCAUUGUAGUUGGCGAUCUCUUUGGUGAAGGGACAAGUGAGGAGGAGCUGAAUCAAAUCUCAGCUCUACUUGCGGGAAACAUUGUUGUACCCCUACCCACAUACUUCAGUGUCGGCAAAAAUCCAAUUCCGACGAGGGUAGUUGAGAAAAUACAGGCAGAUGACGAAGUGUGUCCUAACCUGUAUUUCCUUGGAAGAAGAGGCACAUUGAAGACAUCGGAGGGCAUUAGAAUUGCUGCUCUUGGAGGUGAAGUUCUCACAGAUGGCCAAUCUGACCCAAAUGUGAAUAAAAGAUACCACUCUCGCUACACGGAAUCCGACGCUCGUUCUCUUUACGGUGUACAUGAUACUGACAUUCUGAUUACAUAUGAAUGGCCUAAAGGCGUGACAGGGCGGUCUAAUGUUCCUCUUACAGAUAAAGUCGCGCCAGAGGGUGUUCAAUGUGUAGCCGAUGUUUGCUCGACGUUAAAGCCGCGUUAUCAUUUCUCUUCCAAGGCCGACUUCUUCUAUGAACGAGAACCAUUCUUCCACAUACCAACAGAGGAGAAUCCGGAUACGAAAUUCGUCACCCGUUUCAUCAAUAUAGCCUCAUACGGCAAUCCAUCAGGGCAAAAAUGGAUGUAUGCAUUUACAUAUGAUCCAAAGGCCCCAAUACCGGAGACUAUACCCACGGGUACAACCGUGUCUCCUCUUGCCAAUGUUGCUAGAAAGAGACCUGCUUUGGAGAGCCAAAAUCAGGGUUUCCAACGAUUUUCAAGAGGCAAUAAUGAGCGGCCCCAGAAACGUGCGCGACGGCCCCCGCCUGGUCCCGGAGAGUGCUUUUUCUGUCUUUCCAACCCCAACAUCGCCACGCACAUUAUUGCCUCAAUCGGUAACGAUGCAUAUCUCACUACAGCCAAAGGUCCGCUUACGAAGUCGGACAUGUAUCCUCUUCUAGGGUUUCCCGGCCACAUGUUAAUUAUCCCUCUCAUACACUCCCCUACUUUUUCAUCCAUAGCGGACCCCGAAGCGCGAAGGAGUACAUACGAUGAGAUGCAGCGAUAUCGUGUUGCAUUGAAUGAUAUGGUCCGUGAGAAGAGCAAAAGCAGUCUGGGAUCGGUUACUUGGGAAGUCAGUCGUGGUAAUGGUAUCCACGUACAUUGGCAAUACCUCCCUGUUGCCUCAGACCUGAUAUCAAAGGGUCUGGUAGAAGCAGCAUUCAAAGUCGAAGCAGAGAAUUUACAAUACCCGAAAUUCAAGUCCUCUGCAAAUGACGAUGGCGCAAAUGAAGUUGGAGAUUACUUCCGAGUCUGGAUUUCGCAGCCUGCAACCGACGGAGACUCGAAGGAUCAAACGGAGUCAUCAAAGAGCGGAUCCGACAAGAUUCUGAUUCUGGCCUUGACUCCGGACUUCAGGUUUGAUUUGCAGUUUGGCCGCCGGGUGAUGGCAAAGCUGUUACAGCUCGAAAAGCGAAUGGAUUGGAGGGAGUGUGAACAGACGACAGAGGAGGAGGUUACGGAUGUCGAGGCUUUCAAAGACGCUUUCAAGAAACAUGAUUUCUCACUCGAAGAAGAAUAG